AUGGCCGAAGAACAGAAGCCCGUCGAGGUCAAGGAGACCACUCCUGCCACCACCACCGAGGCCCCCGCCGCCGAGACGAAGCCCGUUGAGACCACUGAGGCUCCCGCUGCCGCUGCCGCCCCUGCCACCACCGAGGAGACCCCGGCUACCACCACCGAGACCACCGCUGACGCCACGGCCGCCGAGGCUGCUGCUCCCGCCGAGGAGGUCAAGCAGGAGGUCACCCCCGUCGAGGAGGGCACUCUCGAGCACAAGGGCCUCAACUUCCCCAAGAACUUCAUCUACUCCAAGGAGUUCUUCUGGUUCGGAUCUGAGGCUGUCGAGUCCAAGAACCUGUCUUCCUACCUGAAGACCGAGAAGUCUGCCGAGACUGCUCACCACAACGCCGCCUGGGCUGCCCACACUGGCAAGGGCCUCUUCUUCUUCGGUGACAAGACCGCCCCCCAGGGCGUCAUUAACUUGGCCGACGCCUCUGAGCCCGCUGCCGAUGGCGCCAACAAGUUCCACUUCACUGCCAAGGGCCACAAGCACACCUUCAAGGCUGCUAACGCUGAGGAGCGUGACAACUGGAUCGCCCAGCUGAAGCUCAAGAUCACUGAGGCUAAGGAGAUCGCCCCCACCGUUACCGAGACUGAGGCCUACAAGACUGCCCUCGAGAGCUUCAAGCCCGCCAAGAAGGAAGAGAAGAAGGAGGAGAAGGCUGCUGAGACUCCCGCCGCCGAGCCCGCCGUUGCUGCCGCGGCCACUGAGACGCCUGCUGCCGAGGCUGCUGCCCCCGCCACCGAGGAGGCUGCUAAGGAGACCCCUGCCGUUGAGGAGCCCAAGAAGGAGGAACCUAAGCGUCGCUCUGCCAGCCGCAAGCGCGCGUCCAUCUUCGGCAACCUGCUCGGCAAGAAGGAGGAGUCCAAGAAGGAGGAGAAGAAGGAGGAGGCCAUUACCACUGAGGAGGCUGCUGCCGUCCCGGCCAUCGAGCCUGUUGCUGCCGCUGAGGCCCCUGCCACCGAGACCCCGGCCCCCGCUGCCGAGACUCCUGCCACCACCGAGCCUGCUGCUGAGGCCGCCCCCGCUGCUGAGGAGGCUGCCAAGGAGGAGAAGAAGCCCGCUCCCCCCACCAAGCGCAACUCCAUCUUCGGCGUCUUUGGCAAGAAGGAGAAGAAGGCCCAGGCCGCUGCUGAGGCUGAGGCCCCUGCCACCCCCGCCAAGGAGGAGAUCACUCCCGCUGCUGAGACUGCUCCCGUCAUCCCUCCCGUUGAGGCCACCACUCCUCUCGCCGUCGACGUCACCAACCCCAGCACCGUCCCCGUCGAGGUCAAGGAGACUGCCCCCGCUACCAACGGCGAGCCCCGUCCCGACCUCAAGGAGAAGCGCAAGUCGUCUCUCCCCUUCGGCUUCGGCAAGCGUGACAAGUCUCCCGCCCACUCCGACAACGAGGAGGGUGAGAAGCAGGAGAAGACCAGCGCUUUCUCCAAGCUCCGUGCCACCAUCAAGGGCCGUGGCAAGCCCGCCGCCGAUAAGCCCGCGGACAAGCUCGAGAAGACUGAGGAGAAGCCCGAGGAGCCCGCCGCUGAGGCUGCCAAGCCCGCUGAGGAGACUCCCGCUGAGACCUCCAAGGCCACCGAGGAGCCCGAGAACAAGCCCGAGAACGUCGCUUCCUCCACUCCCGCCCCUGUUACCGCCGCCGCAUAG